AUGAAACAUGCUGUGCUAACGAGCAAAGCCCUCUUUGAUUACUUGGAGAUCUAUCCUGGCUCCAAAACGACUCAUUUUCGACGCUUGGCUGAAGUCACAGGCAUCGAUUUCAGGGACAUGUUGUUUUUCGACGAUGAACAUCGAAACGGUAUGCACUUGUCAUCUUGA